CGCGACCAGCGCAUCCUCGACGACAAAUCCCACGCCGACCGCAAGUAACCGACUUCGGCUUCUUUUUCUUCGGAAAGCAAACUCGACAAUUCGUCAAAAUGGCUCACGAGAACGUCUGGAACUCGCGCCCGCGCAACUACGGCAAGGGCUCCCGCGCUUGCCGCGUCUGCACUCACACGGCCGGUCUGAUCCGCAAGUACGGCCUCAACAUCUGCCGUCAGUGCUUCCGCGAGAAGGCCGCCGACAUUGGCUUCGUUAAGUACCGGUAAACGAGCUACUAUGACGGUCAAGCGGCCGAUAAGGUGUAAAUAAUGGAUAGGGCAAAGGGACAACGGACAAUAGACGGCUUGCUGUGGGACGAACGUGCUGGAUGAGGGACACGACACGGUACGGGAAACCCGAUUUCAGAGAACCUGCGGACCAAAUCAUGGCAUGGCAAUUGCGAUGGGCAUUUUCUACUCAGGGUGCGGUGCGGGUGGACGGGCUGUCUAGGACGAAUGCGAAACUUCGGGAUUCCCUGGUCACUUUCCUCAAUGGAAACUGUCCCAAACUGAGCCAGCCAUUUUACAAUGAGGAGUUCAUACAGGG